CCUCUAAAAUCUUCCUGUCUUGGGAAUCCUAGACUGACAGGAGUCCUUGGGGCCGCCCACCUGCCACAGUUGUACUGCAAGUCUCUCUCACAGUUUGAGGGACCAGAUGUCUAGGGAAAGGGACUGCAGACUCUCCUGUUCUCCAUGGAGACCUACAGGGUCUGCACUGCAGGGGUCUCCCGGGUGGAGGGUAAGGUGACCAGAAUGUCACUAGAGUGUGAAUAGGAGCCUGGACCCCUCAGCUGUCCCACUUCCUCACACCCCAAGGGGCCAGUCACAGGGGUCAUUUACGGACUUUGGGGUUCAGGUUAGACUGAGGGUGACCUGAGACCCUCUGUUUGGAAGGUGGACUAAACUUUAUCUUUGCCCUAUGAUCCCUGGUUCUGCCCACUGGAUCCUGGUGCUGGCUUCUGGAAGGUCCAGAAGGGCUCCCUGGCCAGGACAGAGUGCUAUGUUCUGGGACAUUUACGCCCUUGGAACCCUAUAAACUAGUGACCCCAGACCCGUGUCUUCUGCAGAGAGCAGCACAGGACACUCUGGUACCCCCAAACCUCAGCCUGGGUGAGCUCCUAAACUUCCAUUCCCCCCUCUGCAGCACACAGGCUGUCCUCCCCAUCACACGCACACCCCCCAUCACCUGCAUUGUGCCUGCCCUGUGCUGAUUUUCCCAAGUGUGACAUAGUGGGCGCUGAUGCCACAUAGCUGGAUAGAUCAAGGCCCAGAGGCUGGCUGAAGUAUCUCUGAGAAAUUGAGAUGUGGUGAUGGUACAUGACCGGCUUAUAUACAGCAAGUACCCAAUCUUGGCCAGAGUUUCCAGGGCAUCUCUGGCCAAGCAACAUGUAGAAGGUAGAGCCAGAACCCAGAACCCAGAGGCACUCCGGAGUCUAGAACAGGGGUACAGCCAAUAAGAAAGUAAGGACAUCAGGCCCCUCCCCCACAACUCUGCUUAUGGGACAAUAACCCACAGUGUCCCUGGUGGGCCUAACUGGAGGGGACCCAGAGAUUCCCUAGGUGAACACUGCAGUGACCCUGGUCCCCAAGAACCUGCAGGCAGGUGGAUAGGAAGGGCGUACCCUGAGGAGGUAUGAGGGAUUCUCCCAUCAGCCUUUGCUGUCUACUUCUGAGGAAGGAUGUGUCUUUGGGGCGCAGGUGUGGUCUGACCUCAUAUCUGCUGUGUUCCCCUAGGAGUCUGUAAGCACUUGAAUGAGCCUGAUACAAGCCUCUGCCCCCGGGUGCCCGACGUGACAACAGGAGCCCAUUGGUCACCCCUGGCAUGCCCCACCAGCCCUCAGCCUGAGUCCGUGGCCCCUGCCCCCGCCUGCCGCCACCCUGCACUGUCCGGGCUCCCCCGAGACCCCCACGCUGCAGUGCAGCCAAGACCCUUCCCCGAAGGGGCCACCCCCACCGCCCACCCCUGGUGCCCGGGGUGGCCCACCCCGCAGGGCCAUGAAGCUGCAGGCUGUGAUGGAAACCCUUAUUCAGAGACAACAGCGUGCCCGGCAGGAACUGGAGGCCCGGCAGCCACCACCACCACCACCACCACCACCACUGGAGCCCACUGGUGUCCGGGCUCGGACCACUGUGGCGGAUGAGGACAGGGAGCCUGAGAAUGCCCGGAUGCAUAGGACGCAGAUGGCUGCGCUGGCUGCCAUGCGAGCCGCUGCUGCUGGCUUGGGACAUCCGUCCUCUCCCGGUGGCUCUGAGGACGGGCCUCCUGGCUCAGAAGACGAAGACACAGCCCAGGAAGGAACUCUGAGUUCACCUGCCCUGCAUGGAAGAGGCCGGGAGGGAUCAGGACACACUGAAGAAGAUGGACAUCUGUUGGACAUGGGCUUCGAUGAUGACUUGAAGCCCAAGUGGGAAGAACAGGAACUGGAAGAACUGGGGGAGGAGGAGGAGGAGGAGGAGGAGGAGGAGGAAGAAGAGGAUGACUUCGAGGAAGAGGAGGAGGAGGGUCUGGGACCCCCAGGGUCUGCCAGCCUGGGCUCUGCAGGCCUGUUCACCCGCAAGGCCCAACCCUCUCAGGCUUUCCGUGGAGAUGGUGGUCCCAGGAUGCUGGGUGGCCCUGAGCGCCUGGGACCUGGCCCAGCCCACCCCACUCACACAGCAUCCCAGAUGCCACCACCGGACCACGGAGACUGGACAUUUGAAGAACAGUUCAAACAGCUCUAUGAACUGGACGCAGACCCCAAGAGGAAGGAGUUCCUGGAUGACCUGUUCAGCUUCAUGCAGAAGCGUGGCACGCCAGUGAACCGGAUCCCUAUCAUGGCCAAGCAAGUCCUGGACCUGUUCAUGCUGUAUGUGCUGGUGACCGAGAAGGGGGGCCUCGUGGAGGUCAUCAACAAGAAGCUGUGGCGGGAAAUCACCAAGGGGCUCAACCUGCCCACCUCCAUCACCAGCGCCGCCUUCACACUGCGGACUCAGUACAUGAAGUAUCUUUACCCCUAUGAGUGUGAGCGACGAGGCCUGAGCAGCCCCAACGAGCUCCAGGCCGCCAUAGACAGCAACCGCAGGGAGGGCCGGCGCCAGAGCUUUGGAGGCUCACUUUUUGCCUACUCACCCAGUGGAGCCCACAACAUGCUGUCCUCACCCAAGCUGCCAGUGACUUCCCUGGGCCUUGCGGCCAGCACCAAUGGCAGCCCCAUCACUCCAGCACCCAAGAUCAAGAAAGAGGAAGACUCUGCCAUGCCCAUCACCGUCCCAGGCCGCCUGCCUGUGUCUUUGGCGGGCCAUCCUGUUGUGGCAGCCCAGGCAGCUGCUGUACAAGCGGCAGCAGCCCAGGCAGCCGUGGCAGCCCAGGCAGCCGCCUUGGAGCAGCUCCGGGAGAAGCUGGAAUCCACGGAGCCACCAGAGAAAAAAAUGGCCUUGGUUGCUGAUGAGCAGCAGCGCCUCAUGCAGCGAGCUCUGCAGCAGAACUUCCUGGCCAUGGCGGCCCAGCUGCCCAUGAAUAUCAGGAUCAAUAGCCAAGCCUCUGAGAGCCGCCAGGACUCAGCUGUGAGCCUUGCCAGUGCCAAUGGCAGCAACAGUAUUAACAUGUCAGUGGAGAUGAAUGGCAUCGUGUACACAGGGGUGCUGUUUGCUCAGCCACCACCUCCCACACCACCCUCCGCUCCCAGCAAAGGCAGCAUCGGUACCAACAACACCAUGGGUAGCCGGACAGGAGCCAGCAGUGGGACCAGCAGCAGCCAGGUGGGGCUGGCCGGAAUGUCUGCGCCCACCACAUCUUCUACCUCAAAUAACUCCUUGCCUUAAAGGAAAUCAAGCUGUAUUGCUGCCCACCCACCACAGGGAUCACACAGCCACAUGGGGACCUGGGACAUUGGAAGAAUCCCAGCAGUCUGGGCAAAUUCCCAAGGAGCCACACUGACGCCAAAAAGGAGAGAAAAAAAAAAACAUAUAUAUAUAUACAUAUAUAUAUAUAUAUAUAUACAUAUAUAUAUAUAUAUACAUACAUAUAUAGAGAGAUAGAUAGAUAAACAGAUUUAAUAAAUCAGGGCAGAGAACACUUGAAUCUCUCUCAGGUUUUGGAGACUCCGAGAAAUGGAUUUGACAAGGGCCACCAAGGCAACCUGAAAGCAGAAGGCCACCUUUCCAGAGGCUUCCAUGGGGGUCUGGCUUGGCCAGCCCAGUUCAAGCACGACUAUUUACCUCAUGAACCCAGCACUGUGUGUUCUCACUUGGAUCUUUUUUUUUUUUUUUUUUUUUUUUUGUCCCUCUAUCCUUAACCAGGGUUCCUUCUGGGAAAACCAACCAAGCCGGAGCCAGGACUGUUGUUUUGUUCCCUUCUCCUUGGAAGCUAUGAAUUUUUUUUUCUUUUUUAAAUGAGAUCUCAACAUUCAGGUGCAAAUUUUUUAAAGGUUUUAGGGUUUCCGAUUUUGUAAAUAUUCUAUUAUAUACUGGAGGGUGGGAAUUGGAUCUCAGGAAGUGUCCCACCUGUAUGUCUAUAUAUUUGUGUUCAUUCAGGGAAACAAACUUUUUUUUUUUUAAAGAAGUAAAGCACCAGCCAGGGUCCCCAGCCCCUGUGGUGUCCUGUGGUGCCCCUGACUCAGCACCUUGACAGGGCCAGGCGAUGCUGGCUCUCAGCAAAUUACACAAUUCUCUGUCAUGUUGGGCCCUGCCCACUGGCUCCAUCAUUCAGGGACCUGGAUCGCUUACCCCAGGAUACAGAAUGUUCUAGAAGCAGGUCGGGAGAGCAGGACAUAGAAUACAGUGUCUCAGGGAUGAAAAUCUGGACUCUCUGCCUGGAUGGGUUGCUUCUAGGGGAGAUAGGUGUGCCAGGCUUAGCUCAGGACAAGGAGUCUGUUCUUGUCUUUGUCACCCCUCUUGCUGGGAGCAGUUAAAUAUGACCAGAAAGGAUUCUGGUCCUUGGUCUGGUGUCUCAAUCCCAUCGACCAGCUAAACUGGGCAGUUCUUGGGAGGAUGAGAGUUUAAGGUUAUCCUUGGCUACCUAUGUAGGUUGAGGUCAGCUUGGGCUACUUGAAACCCUGUCUCAACAAAGCAAGGAAAGAUGAGGCUGGGGGCAGUGGGUUACACCAUUAAUUCUAGCAUUGUCAUAGGCCAGCCUGGUCAUACAGCGAAUUACAAGCCACCUAGGGGCUUCACAUGAGACCCUGUCUCACAAAAGAAAAGAAAUUGCAUUUCAUUUUGGCCAAAGCCAUCAGGGCAGAGAUGACAUAAUCUCACCCUGAUUUGGGGACCCUUCCAGGAUUCUGCCUUGGUCACUAUCCCCAAGGGGGCCAGGACAGGAACAUGUGGUGAGAGCUGGGACCUGCUUGUCCCUCGGUCCCAGGAGUACCCUGUCACUCCGCUGCUUCUCACUCUAGGCUGUGGGGAGCAGACCCCCUUCCUUCCUGUCUCAGGGUUGUUGACACGCUCCCCUUCCCAUCCUUCCAGGAGGAGGGUGUAGCCUUAUUUGGAGGGGAGGGGGAAAUCUCAACUUUUCCUUCUGGAAGCUUCUGCCUGCCCCUUUUCGGGGCCACUGUCUUAGCUGCACAAUCAUUCCUGGACACGGGUGUUGAGGGGAUCUUUGUCCCCUUCUGACAGCUCUGUGCAAAGUCAAGCUCUGUGGGUAAACUGGCCUGGGGAGGUGGGGUCCAACCUCCUGUGGGGUCUGAUUGAGGGGGUCGCCUCGGUGGGCACAUCCAAGGCACGUUUCUUUCUACCUCAGGUCUUUUGAUGCCAAAAAGAAAAAAAAAAUGCACCCAGUCACCCACUUUUCUGGUCACCUGCUGAAGUCCUCAGUGGGGACGGGUAUCCUGGUGUCUACUUGUGUCUGGGACUCUUGAGUGGCCAGAAAGCACCCAAUACUGACUCAGGGGACUUUCCCACCAGGGCGCUGUGAUUGUAGGGGUGUAUCAUCUGUUGGACACACUGGUGACCCUCCACGGUCCUGUCCCCCGCCCUUGGCAUUGAGUGCAGUUGGCAGUGGUUAUGCAAGCUGUCAUGGGCACGGGGCUGGACACAGUCAGUGUCCACACUGGGACCUCAGGGUUUUCAGGUUGGGGCAAGCUAGAUCCCCAAACUCAGGGCGAAGAGGGUGUAAGAGCAGGCACAGGCUGCUUCUAGAACCUUCCUUCCCAGGGACAGGCUGUUUCUGCAAUCUUCCUGGUGGCCCUUCUGCUGGCCACCAGGCCGUAUGUCUGUCUGUCUGUCUGUCCAGCUGCAGAGGGUGGGUGGGCACGGGGCGUGGGAGAGCGGGUUAGUGUUUUGAGAGUUGUUCAUCUGUAUAGUCGUAAGGGGAUUUUGUCUUUUUUUUUUUUUGUCAUUUUUACACACUUCAUUUUUUCCCCAAACCCCACAUAAUUUUGGCUUUUGUGGAUUUUAACUUCUGGGUAAAGGUGAGCUGAGUUGUUUUGUUCAGAACAUGUGAACUUUUUAGUUUCUUGGGGUGGGAGGGGUUUGUCGGACAGUGGGGUCGCACACCAACUCAGGUAAAAUGGAUUUUAAAAAAUAAAAAUAAAAAAUUUAAAAAAAGUAAAAAACUUUCUACCUCCGGUCAGUUCCCGCUGGGCUGUGGCCUGUGGCCUGCUGUGGUCACAGCUGUGCCUGUGUGGAAUAUUCAGGAAAGCUCAACUGUUAACAGGAAAACUCAAACACAACAACAACACAAAUGUGAUUUUUUGAAACUUAAAAAAAAAGAAACACUGAAAGUUUACAUUUUAUGACCUUAUUGUGGAUUGUAUUUAAACCUCAGAAAUAUUUAACGCAAUUGUAACCCUGUAAAUCGGUGAGAUUAAAGAGUUGAGACACUUCUGUGAAA